GGGACCCCGGGUCCCGGGCUGAGGGCGCACGCUGGCCCCGACGCCCGGAGCGCGAAAAAAUACAGAGGCGUAUUCCAGAGUUGACUGUUGAUGGCAUAUACAGUUAGAGGGUGCUUAUUGGCACUUAUUUUUAUCAUCAUGUUGCUGUUGGUUAAGGCAAAAAUAGAUGUGUGUAAGAGAGGAGAUGUGACUGUGAAGCCUUCCCAUGUCAUUUCCCUUGGAUCAGCUGUCAAUAUCUCGUGCUCUUUGAAGCCCAAACAAGUCUGCUCGCCAUAUUCCCGUUUUAACACGUUAAUCCUCUACCAGUUCCACAGAAGAAUCCGUUUUCAGCGUGGUGACUCUCUCAGUUCUCAAGUCACAGAUCUUCCCCUGGGUACAACUCUGUUUGUCUGCAAACUGGCCUGUGGCAGUAGUGACGAGAUUCAAAUAUGUGGGGCAGAAAUCUCAGUUGGUGUUGUUCCAGAACAGCCUCAAAACUUAUCUUGCAUACAGAAGGGAGAACGUGGGACAGUGGCCUGCACCUGGGACAGAGGUCGGGACACGCACCUGUACACGGCAUAUACUUUACAGUUAAAUGGACCAAAAAACUUAGCUUGGCAGAAGCAAUGUAAUGAUCAUUAUUGUGACCAUUUGGACCUUGGAAUCAACCUAACCCCUGAGUCGCCUGAAUCCAGUUACACAGCCGAGGUUACUGCUGUCAACAGUCUUGGGAGCGCUUCUUCACUUCCAUCUACAUUCACGUGGCUGGACAUAGUGAGGCCUCUUCCUCCAUGGGACAUCAGAAUCAAAUUCGUAAAUGCUUCUGUGAGCAGAUGUACCCUUCAGUGGAGAGACGAGGGGCUGGUGCUACUCAAUCGACUCAGAUAUCGGCCCAGCAACAGCAAGUCCUGGAAUACGGUUAAUGCUACAAAUGCCAGAGGAAGACAUGAUUUGCUGGAUCUGAAACCCUUUACAGAAUAUGAAUUUCAGAUUUCCUCUAAGCUGCAUCUUUAUAAAGGUAGCUGGAGUGAUUGGAGUGAACCAUUGAGAACACAGACACCAGAGGAAGAGCCUACUGGGAUGUUAGAUGUCUGGUACACGAAACAGCACUUUGACUACAAUAGACAACAGAUUUCUCUUUUCUGGAAGAAUCUGAGUGUAUCAGAGGCAAGAGGAAAAAUCCUCCACUAUCGGGUGACCUUGCAGGAGGUGGAAGGGGCGACAGCCACACUACAGAACAUCACAGAACACACCUCCUGGACCUGGGUCAUUCCCAGAACUGGGAACUGGGCAGUGGCUGUGUCUGCAGCGAACUCAAAAGGCAGCUCUCUGCCCACUCAUGUUAAUAUAUCGGACCUAUGUGGGGCAGGGUUGCUGGCUCCUCGCCGGGUCUCUGCAAACUCGGAGGGCACGGACAACAUUAUGGUGACGUGGGAGCCUCCCAGCCAGGCUGCCCCUGCUGUCCAGGAGUACGUGGUGGAAUGGGGGGAGCGCCAUCCAGGGCGCAGCGUGCAGACCCCUCCAAACUGGCUGCGGAGUCCUCCCUCCAACAUGUCUGCUCUGAUUGCAGAGAACAUAAAGCCCUACACCUGUUAUGAAAUCCAAGUGCAUGCGCUGUCAGCGGACCAGAGAGGCUGUGGCUCCACCAGAGGCAACUCUAAGCACAAAGCCCCACUGAGUGGCCCCCACAUUAAUGCCAUCGCGGAGGAAAAGGGCAGCAUUUUAAUUUCAUGGGACGAAAUUCCAGCCCAGGAGCAAAUGGGCUGCAUCCUCCAUUACAGGAUAUACUGGAAGGAACGGGACUCCGAUUCCCAGCCUCGACUUUGCGAAAUUCCCUAUAGGGUUUCCCCAAAUUCCCAUCCCAUAGACAGCCUGCGGCCCAGAGUGACAUACAUCCUGUGGAUGACAGCUCUGACGGCUGCUGGCGAAAGCCCCCGAGGAAAUGAGAGGGAAUUUUGUCUGCAAGGUAAAGCCAAUUGGAGCGCAUUUGUGGCACCGAGCAUUUGCAUUGCUGUCAUCAUGGUGGGCAUUUUCUCAAUGCGUUACUUCCGGCAAAAGGUGUUUGUUCUCCUGGCAGCCCUCAGACCUCAGUGGUGUAGCAGAGAAAUUCCAGACCCAGCGAAUAGCACUUGGGCCAAGAAAUACCCGCUUGUGGAGGAGAAGACACUGCUGCCCUUGGACAGGCUCCUGACAGACUGGCCCACUCCUGAAGAACCUGAGCCCCUGGUCAUCAAUGAGGUUCUUCAUCAAGCGACCCCAGUCUUCAGACAUCCCCAUCGCCCCAAGUGGCCAGACAAGGGACAAGGAGUCCAAGGUCACUACACCUCUGGGGAAGAUGCAGCGUACAGUGCCUCAAGCCCACCACCUGCAAGAGCCCUCACAGCCGAGACAGGACAACUAGCGAAUCUGUACAAGGUGCUGGGGAGCAGGAGCCCCGACGCAAAGCCGGGAAACCCAGCCAGCCCCUUGACAGUCCUCCCGGUGGACUACCUUCCCACCCACGAGGGCUACUUACCCUCCAACAUGGACUAUCUCCCUUCACAUGAGGCUCCUGUAACCCACCCUCUGGGGGAACCAGAGCCGCAGCACAUCUCUCUCUCUGUUUUCCCCUCAAGCUCCCUUCACCCGCUCACCUUCUCCUGUGGUGAGAAGCUGACUCUGGAUCAGUUAAAGAUGGGGUGUGGCUCCCUCAUGCUCCGAGUGGAGAAGCUUGAAGCUUGGAACGUCGAUGUGCCCCCAGCCAGCACAGCAUGCCCCAUCUAGUGACACAGCAGUCCCCUGCUCCAGUGUCAUCACCCCUGCGUGCUACCAUCAGGUCUGCUUGCAGCUAGAGGGCAAGCAAGCUUGCUCAGGGUGACUCAGGAACUGAGAGUUGGAUCUAACCCAGAUACCUCACUUGCCUUCUCCAGAGCCUGAAGGUUACAUCCUCCACCAUGUGGACCUAGAGACUCCAAUCAGGGUUCCUACAACUUUCUGGGCUAUGCUGGCCAGAAAGCGGAAAGGAGAGGGUGGAAACCAAAACUCUUACCAGCAAUGGCAACCAGUCCAGAGGGCCAUUCAUGCAACAACUAUUUAUAAAGCAGCCACUCUAUACCAGGACUUAUGUCAGGAUCAGUGCUGUCCAACAGGCCUUUCUGAGAUAGAAACGUGCUCUGUAUGUCUGCACUGUUCAAUACAGUAGACACUAACCACAUUAGCUAUUGACCACUUCGCAAUGUCUCUAGUAUGACUGAGGAACUGAAUUUUUAUUAUAAUUAAAAUAGUCACACAUGGAUAGUGACUACCGUAUUGGAGAACACGGCUCUAGAUGAUGGAUAUACUAGUGAGUUACAAGGAAGCUUCAGAACAGAUCAAUUUAGUUUUACAGAUGAGGCUAUAAAAGACCCUGAUGAACACCAAUACAAGGGCUCCCAAGAUGGUCAUGACUGUCCUUAUUUGUGGAAGCCUAAGAAUGUAAUUUUUCCUAAUUUUGCUAGCUUAUUUUGCCUUCAUCCUUUCGGUGAAGAGCAGCCUGAUGGUGGAAAGCUACUGUAAACCCACCAUAGGACCCUGGCAAGCAGCCUCCCUUUCCAAAAUCUGAUGUCUUAUAAAGGAGGGGCCCACAGGCUCUCUGGCCCCUUGUGUUUCCUCCUCUUUCUGCUGCAGCAGGUGCUGCCUUCAGCACCAGGGCUACCUCAGGGUCUAAGACCCAAACCACCAAGGUUGCACUCAAAAGUCGUCCUCUUCUCCCAAAGGCAUCUGCUUUCCCUCCUCAGAAAGACUGAGCCGGUCCUCAGAGAGCUCAAGUUGAGCCUGGAAGAUAAUUCUCUUCUCCCCAGCACGAACUUGGAACGUGAUAUAUGUUCUAGUCCUUUAAAUCUGUGGCCCCUGGCUUGUCACUCUCCUCUAGCCCAUCCCUGCCUCCAUCCCUUCACUAUAGGCACUUCUGCUAAGUUGGUGGGGCAAGAGUCUUGGCUAAAUGCUAAUAGUACUCUUCCCAAAAUAACAGGAUGAGAGGCCCAAGAACCUUUUGCUUAAAUCCCCGUCAAGCCUGGGGCCUACCCUCUACUGCCAUCCCACCCAAACACUGGAACUGAGGCGGCUUCGGUUUAUCAGAUGUCCCUCAGAGCUCUAAAAGUUGAGGCGAUGAACAUUUGCUCUGCU